AUGCCUCUCCAGAAGGAGAUUCCCGCGACGCCGCGCGUGAUAUCCCCGUCACCAACUCCCUCGGAGCUCUCGGACGGUUAUCGAGCGCCUGUUACUCGCUCUGCAUCUGCAAGACGGCAUCUCUCGUCGCCUCCGCCAAUAUCAGAAGAGAAGCGACAAGAAGAUGAAUGUGGCUCUGACUCUAGCGUCGAGAAACGCGCCCGGACGAGAUCUCGAAGCCCAACGAAAACCCCAUCUGGCAAGCCCCGGCGUCGCCUGUCAGGUCUAACACCUAUUCGUGAAUCGCCUAUUAAGUCGGAGCCUAUAAAGAAGGGCUUUCUAUCUCCUAAUGGCCACCUCUCACCUUACUCGAAGGCCAAAGAUCCAUUUCGUGACCUCUCUCGCUCGCCGUCUCCCCUUGGUCUGAUUCCUCUCCACAAACAUUACAGAAAUUUAAUUCAUCGCCACGAGAUUCCUCGGAAACUUCUUCAUGUCUCAAUAGGCUUCGUUUGUGUUGAUCUAUAUCGUCGUGGUGUUCAACCUCUAGAAAUUUCUCCGUGGCUCUUCACCGCAUUUAUCCCUAUUGCCGCGACAGAUUUCCUACGCCACCGUUUCCAAACAGUAAACAGAUUCUACAUUCGCUGUCUGGGGGCCUUGAUGCGCGAGACUGAGGUUUCAGGGUACAAUGGUGUCAUUUGGUACCUUCUGGGAGCAUAUAUUGUUCUCAGAUUCUUCCCAAAAGAUAUCGGUGUUAUGGGCGUACUACUUCUCAGUUGGUGCGAUACUGCAGCAUCAACAUUCGGCCGCCUCUACGGUCGCUAUACCCCACGAAUUCGCAGGGGGAAAAGCUUAGCAGGCAGUCUAGCUGCAUGUGCCGUUGGAGUGUUCACUGCGGCGGCGUUCUGGGGAUAUCUAGUCCCUACUGUUGGAUAUUUUGCUAAUGACCCCGAGAAUUCUUUUAUGUUCUCUGGAACUCUAAAUCUGAUUCCAGAUACCGUAAAAGGCCUUCUCGAAUGGGUUGGUGUUCCUCGAGAUUUUACAGAUAAGGCUGUAAUAUCUGGGCCCCUUGCCUUAGGAGUGAUGAGCUUGUGGACUGGGGUUGUUGCUGCUGGCAGCGAGUUGAUUGAUCUAUUUGGCUGGGAUGACAACUUGACCAUUCCAGUGUUGAGUGGUGUUGGAAUGUGGGGGUUCCUAAAGGUUUUCGGGUCAUGA